AUGUCAGAAACGGCAAAGAUCGAACCCAGCAGAGAAAAAAAAAACUGUGAACGCGUCAAGAAAGCUCUCUUGUCUGACUCACCUAUUCUCGUCUUUCUGAAAAAGUCUUUAAAGUAUCUAAAUUCUGAUCUCGAUGCAUCCAAUGUUCGAUGUGAACCAUGUGACGAGAAAACCUCGGGCGGUUAUGUACCAGGAAAAGGCAUUGUACUCUGUGAGAAUCGGAUCUACAGCCAAAAAAUGGCUGAAAACACUAUAGCUCAUGAAAUGGUUCAUAUGUUUGAUGACUGUAGAUUUCACGUCAAUUGGGACGAUUUGCGCCAUCAUGCCUGCUCUGAAAUUCGCGCUAGCAGCCUUAGCGGUGAAUGCCGGUGGACAAAAGAAUUAUUUUAUGGUAACAUUGACACAUUCAGGAAACAUCAUCAAGAAUGCGUAAAGCGCAGAGCAACACUUUCCGUUCAAGGCAAUCCAAAGUGCCAAAGCAAAAACCAAGCAGAGAUGAUUGUUCAAGAAGUGUUUGCUUCAUGUUUCCGGGAUACCAGACCUUUUGAAAAAAUCUAUUAA